AUGUCUCACCCUCCUCCCGGAUUGGGAGGCGGGGUCGCCAGGACUGGCCCUCCUCCCGGCUUUGGCUCCAACAAUGCCGCAGCGGCCUCUGGUGGUGCCUCCGGGGCUGGCGCUGGAGCUGGUGGGGCCAACGGCACAGCUGCCAUUGUCCGCGCCCAGAUCGUCUUCCUUCUCACCACGUUCACCGAGGACUCAUUCGACAAGGCCGCAGCAGAGAUCAGGACUCUCGCGUCAUCGAACGGUCCCGAGAUGUACCAUCACUUCGUUCGCAGGACUGCUGUUGUCGCAUCGCCUGUGAUUCAAGCGCUAGUUCAGCACCAGCAGCAGUACAAGGAUGACCCGGCCGCCCCUCCCCCUCAGAUUCCCACCUCUGGCCCGGCGGCACUUGCUUGGCGUCUCCUUGCGACUGAGGCUGUCCGUGCCGCCCGCGAUGUCGCCCUUGCCCCGCACUUUGUUCUGACCAUGCUCUCGCCUUCGCAGGGCACGCCGCUUCCCCUCCCGUCCCUCCGCCUCUUCAAUCUGCCCCCCGCGGUCAUGUUCUCGCUGUCGGCCCUCACCUUGGCAAACCCGCACGUUUACCCGACGACGCACCCCUCGCACGAGCAGAUCCUGCAAACCCUGCACCAGACGUUCCAGCCCACCAUGGAGCUUCUUCGCGCGGGCGUGCCCUUCUGGUCCACGAACAUUCCGAACCAGCCUCAGGACGACCUUACGAUGCAGGAGGCGCGCACUCUGAUUCUAGCGCUCUACCCGCGUUCCACCUCGGCGACUGGCACCACAUCGCGUCCGCCCACCCCGACGAACCCGACCCCGCCCCACCCGUCGCCUCUGAAUUCCCUGCAGCGCGGCUUCCUCCUGCAGUCGCUCACCAUCAAGUUCACGUCGCCCGCGAUCAUUCUGCAGACUUUGUCGGCCUUGUCUCCCGGCGGUGCUCCGCGUACUCAGGGCUCGAUCCCCCUCGAGGACAUUCUGUUUGAGCUCGGCGACUCCCUCACGCAGGAUGAGGGCACUGUCGAGGCCGCAAUCGGCCGUUGGUGGGGUCCCUACCUGCUUGAGGAGCCCAUCAACCAGCAGAACCUCAAGGAGGAGAUCAUCCGCACGCUCCACGGCCUGUGCAUGGGUCUCCGCGAUGGUCGUGCCGUCGACUUCCACGGUGUCUUGAGUGGUAUUUGUGCGACUACCGCGUCAGCGUCGAUCCCUUGGGUGGAGGUGGUCAAGGCGUUUGACAUGCCCAACUCCCCGCUGGCGCAUCCCUCCGCCGUGCCCUUGGCGGCUAGUCUGCUUCUGGUGCCUCCCCAGACGCCGGUCCCUCCCAUCGCCGGUCUUCUCCCCGCAACUCUGAACGACUCGACGUGGACCAACCUGUCGUCGCUGCUUUACAUCCUCCGCAACCUGUCGCAGCUUCCUCCCGACUCGCUUCCGCUCUACACUCUCCCCACCUCGCCUUCGCCCCAGGUGUUCACCCGGAUCGUGGAGCCCUACGCGCCCGACGCCCCCGUCAGCAAGGUUGUUCGCCAGCAGGCGAAGGAUGUUCAGUCGGCCGGACUCUGGAACUCUCUCGGCCUCAUCCAGGUACUAGUUCAGGCUUGCGCUCUUGCCGACGCCGAAGACGCGACCGACCGCGACGAGCGAGUCGACAUGGGUCGCCGCGCCACCGAGCUUCUGGACCGUGCUGGUGGUCUUGCGCCGGAGCUUGUUCUUAUCGCGCUUGAGAAGCUUCCCAAGCCCCUCCCUGCUCCCAUCGCCACCAUGCACUCGAAGAUCCUUGAGAUCUACUUGAUCAACCCUCCCUCGGCUCUGGCUUCCGCUGCGCUCGUCUUCCAGCAGAUCUGGGAGCUCAACCCCAAGGGUCUGCUCGACACCCUUACCGAGUUCUACUCCGAGGACGAGAACAACCUCGGCAAGGUCGUCGAAGUCGCCUGGGAGCUGCAGAUCCUCGACAAGCUUCUCGCGAGCGACAACCUGCACUUUGCUCUCGACGUUGCCGCCCUCGCCUCUAGCAAGGAGUACUUCAACCUUGAGAACUGGCUUGCGGAUAGUGUCGCCGUCAACGGCGAGGACUUCUUACAGGCCAUGUUUGACUUUGUCGAGCACAAGAUCCGCUUGGAGAUCGACCACCAGCACCAGCCCGAGUCGGUGCCGCCUCCCAUGUUCACCCUCUCGGACGAGGCGUACUCGAUCUUCAUCCGCGUCGUUCGCAACGCCGACAACCUGACCCGCGAGGACGUCGCCCGCUUUAAGAGCCUGCGUACCGAUAUUCUCAUCCUCCACCCGCGACUUUUGAACCUGCGCGCGGCUUCCAAGGAGGAGCAGGGCUUUGUCGUGGCGACCUACAACAAGUCGGUCAGCGCCCAGGUCGACGACAUGUAUCGCCGCAUGUACAGCGAGGAGCACGAGCUCACUCUGGACGACGUUGUCGAGGAACUGAAGCGUUACCAGAAGUCAAGCGACCCUCGCGACCAGGAGCUCUUCGGUGCUUCGCUCCACUCGCUGUUUGACGAGUACAAGUUUAUCAAGACCUACCCCCCUCGUGAGCUCACGAUGACUGGUAUCCUCUUCGGUGCGAUCAUCGACUAUCGCCUGGUCAAGGACACCCCGGCCUUCGUUGCGACUCGUUACGUCCUCGACGCGUGCAAGACACCGCCCCACGAGCCUCCUUACCAGUUUGGUGUCAGCGCUCUUAGCGUGCUCCGCGCCUCGCUCGUGGACUUCCCGGGUCUCUGCCGUUCGCUCCUCGAGAUUCCUGCCCUGCACGAGUCGCACCCGAGCUACAUCAACGACAUUCACGCCGCGCUCGCCGAGCGCGAGGAGCUCGACCUGCAGGGUGGUGUAAAGCUCGCUUUCCCUGCCCUCAAGCUUCCCAUCCUCAUCGAGGAAGGCGAGGACGAGUUCAAGGAGCCCGAGCCCAAGGUCCGCGACCAGAUCAUGUUCAUCAUCAACAACAUUGCACCCAGCAACUGGGAGGCCAAGUCGCAGGAGCUGGUCAAGCUGAUGAAGCCCGAGUACUCGCGCUGGUUUGCUCACUACUUCAUCGACGUUCGUGUCUCGCUGGAGGCUAACCGUCACGACCUGUACUUCCAGAUUCUGGAGCUUCUCAGCACGCCUAUCCUCGAGAAGCACGUUCUCUGGGAGACGUAUCGCAAGGCCCGCGACUUACUGAAUGCGGAGAGCACCCUUGGUUCGGCUUCGGACCGCGCCACCCUCAAGACUGUGGCGCUUUGGCUUGGCCGCAUCACCCUGCAGCGCGGCUUGCCCAUUAAGCACCGCGAGCUGUCGAUCAAGGAUCUGCUCGUUCAGGGUUACGACAACAAGCGUCUCAUUGUGGCGAUUCCCUUCGUCUGCAAUGUCAUGCUUGCGUGCCAAGACUCCAAGGUGUUCCACCAGCCCAACCCUUGGUUCGUUGCGAUCCUCCGCGUCCUUGUCGAGCUCUACCACUUUGGCGACAUCAAGCUCAACAUGAAGUUCGAGAUCGAGGUUCUCUUUGGCAAGCUCGGCCUGCAGCUCGACACCAUCGAGGCCUCGGAUGUGAUUCGCACCCACGUUCCUCCUCCUCAGCCUCAGGCUCACGGGCCCAACCGUCUCGAGGUCGAGCUCCAGCGCCAGCUGAUCACGAACGACCUCUCCAGCACCGGCGCCCAGCGCUUCGGCGGUACGAGCACCGAGCCCAGCAUUGCGGACGAUCCCUUCACCCGCAUGCAGGCUCUGCAGACGGAGCAGGCUGCCCAGGCGCUGCACGAGCAGUUCCUCGCUCACGUCGACGACCUCAUCCGCCAGCUGCCCGAGUACCUGCACUUCAACUCCGACCUCGGCGUUCUGCAGGCGCCCACCUUCAAGCGUAUCGUUCUGCACUCGAUCGAGCGUGCUAUCCGCGAGAUCGUCUCGCCCGUCGUCGAGCGCUCGGUCACCAUUGCUGGUAUAUCGUCCCGCGACCUCGUGCAGAAGGACUUUGGCACCGAGUGCGAUUCGAUCAAGAUGCGCAAGGCUGCCCACCUCAUGGUCCAGAACCUUGCGGGCAACCUGGCUCUCGUCACCUGCAAGGAGCCGCUGCGCACCAGCCUCAUGUCUCACAUCCGUGCCUUGGUCGGCCAGAACGGCUUCACGGAGGAGAACGUGCCUGACGGCGUGAUCGCUGGUGUCGUCAACGAGAACCUCGACGUUGCGUGCGAUGUCAUCCGCAAGGCGGCGAUGGAGAAGGCGACCCGCGACAUUGACGUCAACCUGCAGCCUCAGUUCGCGGCGCGUAAGGCCCACCGCGACUCUCGCAGCCAGCAGCCCUUCUGGGACGGAGCUUCGUUCGGCGUCGCCAUCUCGCACACUGCACUGCCCGACCCUCUUCGCCUGCGCCAGGGUGGUCUCACCGCUACUCAGCUCCGCGUUUACGAGGACUUUGCCGAGUCGGCUCGCGUCUUCUCGCAACAACAGCAGCAGGCUGGUCACCUCAACGGAGGCAACGACUACAACCUUCCUGUUGGCUACCGCGACCUUGGCCUCGGUGACGGCGGUCUCGUGCCGCCUCCCGACGUCCGCCGUGGCCCUUCGCCCCGCAACGCUGACUUUGGCGACCAGGAGCAGUCCUUUGUCAUGGCUCCGCAGACCACCGUCGAGAAGCUCCAUGAGCUCGUCGCCGACAUCGAGAAGCUCCUCUCGCAGACCAACGCGACCUCCAUUUCGCAGCUUGAGCCCGACCACGACCUCCGCUCGCUCAGCCGCACCAUCAUCGUUCUCGCCCACUCGUCUAUGCAGCGCGAGGCGACUACCCUGGCCAUUGCCCAGAAGAUCGUGCAGCUGCUCUACAAGACCGACUCGCCUCUUGGUCGCGAGCUCUACGUCGUGAUCCUGCAGCAGCUCUGUCUCCACGCCCCCAAGGUCGAUCGCGAGGUCAAGUCAUGGCUGCUCUACGCCGAGGACCCCCGCAAGUACAACGUCCCUGUCACUGCGGUCCUCAUCCGUGGCAGCUUCAUCCGCGUCGCCGAGCUCGACGCCCAGCUCGCCAAGGUCAUGACUCGCGGUGCCACUCCUGAAGUUGUCGACUUUACCGCUCAGCUCAUUCGCGAGUGCUGCAUCGGCCCUCAGGCGUUCAUCAACCGCAACGCGUUCACGCUCUGCAUCACCGCCCUCCUCAAGGCUCAGGAGCAGGACCAGUCGACUUCCACCGCCGACCAGCUUCUGGAGGACCUCCGCGGCGAGGGUGCCCGCGACACCAAGGUCAUGCCCAUCGAUGCCAAGGUUCACGAGCGCCUCCAGCACUACUUCUUCGAGUGGGUGCGUCUGUUCACUGACAACCCCAACUCGCCCGAGGUCUCGUUUGUCCCCUACAUCACCUGGCUGCAGGGCGACAACAUCCUCGGCGGCGAGGACGUCUCGACUGCGUUCUACACGACCGCCAUCAAGGCUGCCGUUGACUGCGACAUGAAGUCGGACAACACCCAGUGGUACGGCACUGACUCGCUCGCCAAGCUCAUUGUCCUCAUCGUCAAGAACUAUGGCGACAAGAGCGGUCCUGGCAGCGUCCAGCGCACUGUCUACUACUUCAACAAGAUCAUCACGAUCAUGUCGUACAGCCUGGUCCGCGCCCAGCUCAACGCUGACGAGCCCUUCGACCAGCGCCCCUGGGCCCGCUUCUUCACCAGCAUGCUCGCCGAGCUUUCUGCUAUCGAGGCCAGCCUGCCCGAGACUGUUCUUGGUUGCCUCAAGAGCAUUGCCAACGUCCUCGGCAUCAUCCAACCCACCUAUGCGCCCCGCUUCGCCUUCGGCUGGGUCUCCAUCAUGUCGCACCGCCUGUUCAUGGCCAAGCUCCUCGGUGCCCCCCGCCAGGAGGGCUGGUCCGACUACCACAGGUGUCUCAUGUGGCUGCUGCGCUUUGUGUCGCCGUUUGUCAACUCGAACAGCCGCGACCUUGGUGCGCCGGCGCGCAGCCUCUACCGUGCGACUCUCCGCAUCCUGCUCGUGCUCAUGCACGACUUCCCCGGAUUCCUGGUCGAGUACUACCACACGCUCUCGACUGCCAUCCCCGCGCACUGCGUUCAGCUCCGCAACAUCAUCCUGGCCGCCUUCCCUGCCAGCGAGGCUCCUCUGCCCGACUGUGCGCUCAACACUGGCAACGUCAAGCAGGCCAUCGACCAGUACAUCCACACCAAUUCGCCCUCGGGCGCCGCGAUCGUCAACGAGCUCAAGAACCGUAUCGCGGUCCAGAAGACGCUGCCUGACGGUACCACGACUACCGUGUGGAACCACACGCUGCUCCACGCGACCGUCUUCUACCUCGGCACCUCGGCCGUGCAGCGCCACUACAUGCAGUCGGGUGUCGCCGAGUUCGACCCCAAGGACCCAGCUGUGCCCAUGCUCCUGUCGCUUGUCCACUCGUUUGACGCCGAGGGCCAGUACCUGAUGCUGUCUGUCAUUGCCGACCAGCUGAGGUUCCCGUCGGCGCACACGCUCUUCUUCGCGUCGCUCAUGCUCUACCUGUUCAAGGUGUCGACCGACUCGAGCAUUCCUGAGCGCAUCGCGCGUGUGCUCCUCGAGCGCGUCAUUGUGACCCGCCCUCACCCGUGGGGUCUUAUCGUCACCUUUGUCGAGCUCCUCGAGAACCCCGUCUAUGGCUUCUGGGACCAGCCAUUCGUCCGCGCCGACGAGGAGAUCUUCCUGAUGUUCCGUCGCGCGCGCGAGAACUUUGGAACGCAAAUGCACUAG